UUUCUUUCUUCCUCCUCUCGCCAUUCAAUUUUGCAGAUUGUUCUUGUAUACUACGAGAUCAACUCUCUAUCUUAGGAGUCAAUUCCUUCUUAAGUAUCUGCGAGAUCCAAGUAUGUCAAUCCAACAAUGGACCACCCCCCUGGAGGGGCUCGCCAGCCUCCGCCAAACCACAGCCCCGCAACCCACGCCAGGUGCCAAUGAAGUCCUGGUUGAAAUCCGCGCGGUGUCGCUCAACUACCGCGAUAUUGAGGUCACGAAAGGCGAAUACAACCACCACAAAUCCGUCAACAAGGAGACACCUGAGACGGUGCCCUGCUCGGACAUGUGCGGUGUCGUCUCCCAGGUCGGCCCCUCGGUCUCGCGCUGGGCUGUGGGCGACCGCGUGCUCUCCACCUUCCUCCCGGACCACAUCACCGGCCAGGUCACGCCCCAAAUGCUCGCCAAGGGGAUGGGCCACCCGCUGCCGGGCGUGCUGGCGACGCACCGCGUGUUCCCGGAGCACGCCCUCGUCAAGGCGCCGGGGUACAUGACCGACGCGGAGGGGGCGACGUUGCCGAUUGCGAGUGUCACGGCGUGGAUGAGUGUGCAGGGGCGCUUGAGGGGGGCGGUGGAGAAGGGGGAGGAUGUGAGUAAGAAGGUGGUGUUGGUGCAGGGAACGGGUGGAGUGGCCGUGUGUGGGUUGCAGAUUGCGAAGGCGUGGGGCGCUAGAGUUAUUGUGACCUCCUCCUCAGACGCGAAACUCGAACAGGCCAAGUCGCUCGGCGCGGACUAUACCAUAAACUACCGGACGACGCCCAAUUGGGAGGACGAGGUCAACCGUUUCACGGAGGGCAAUGGAGUGGAUAUCAUCCUUGAGACGGGCGGCGCGAAGACGCUGCGCAAGAGCUUUGAGUGUAUUGCGUUCGGAGGCUUGAUCAACUGCAUCGGGUACGUCUCGGGCAAGGUGGAUGAGCCGGAGGACCGUGUCAAUGUCAAUCUGUUGUGUCUGCGGCGGAAUGUGACGCUACAGGGAAUCAUCAAUGGGCCUAGAGAUGAGUUUGAGAAGAUGGUGGAGUUCUACGAACAGCGCCAAAUCAAGCCGGUGGUAAACCGCGUUUUUGGGUUCGCGCAGGCGAGAGAGGCCUUCGAGUUCGUGGAGAGCGGCGGCCACUUUGGUAAGGUCGUUAUCGAUGUGGCUGGAGGUUCGCAAUGAGGUGUCAUUUUCUGAAGAGUCAAUAUGUCAGGGUUAAUGAGAG